UCUUAUCGUUGAAGCUUCCCCGAGCUCGCGCCUCCGCCUGCUCCUGCUCAAAGAUUUGGGCCUCCUUUUACCACGGCUCGGAAGCCUCGACGACCGAAGAUCUAAAUUUAGCCCCCUGAUAUAUUAACAUUCCGACCUUUUCUGCUAGCCGACCUCUUCCCGUAGCAACAACAUGAAUUGAGAGCGAAGAUUGGCUCGUCCCUACGAAGGUGUCCUUCCAAGGUUCUUAGGGUUACAGCUUAGGGGGAAUUGAUACCACACCAACAUCGCCAUGGAUCGUCACACAACUCCGCCGUUUAUGCUGCGGCUUUUCUACCGAACAGGUGCAUUUCACAGACCGGACGAGUUCACUAAUGGACCAUUCCCACCACACAUAACUAUACAUGCUUGGCCCGACGUCACCCUAACCGAGCUUGUCUUUAACAUUGCCGCCGCGAAACCGCACCUUCUCCCCGACCCGGCGGUAGGCACUCGGGUAGCCUUCCGCCUCAUCUUCCCAGACACCCGCAACAACGCCGCUGGUCACACGACAGCUCGUUACGCUGUCAAAGACCUAGGCAGCGUAAUAAUAGGUGACGGAGGUAAAGGCCUAGACCCCGACGACAUUGAGGCCGAGAAGGAGGCUGAGGCCGAGGGCGAGAAGACCCUAGCGGACGCCAGGUUUGUUGUCGGCGACUUCAUAUCCUGCGCCGUCCUCCCUCCGCUACCUAAUGGAGCCGUUGCUCCAGUGUCUAGCGCUAAGAACGGGCUUGGCGAGUCGAGAACUCGACCGCUUAGCGGUUCGUUCGGAGGAAGUGAGAAUGGACAGGGCCGGCCUGCAAGACCAAGAAAUAGUGGUAGGGGAUAUGAUGGGUUCAACCGUGGUAGCAUACCAUCGGGCGAGUGGAGAAGAGGAGAGCGAUUACCUGAUCCGCCGCCGGUUGGACGCGGUAGAGGAGGAAGACGAUAUUGAUGUAUGAUGGUGCUAUAUACGAUGACGUGUCCUGCAGACUACACGAGGAUCGGUGUGAGGCCAAUUGGACCUGAAGGUGAGGGGGGAAACGCAGUAUGGUAUAGAUGCUUUCAUGUGGACAAAUAACAAAGUGAGUUAUCAAUUUUAACCAACCUUACAAAUUGUAUCGAUAUAGUUUCCUGUCUGUGAUUAGUUCCAUGAUGAUUACUAACUUGACUUGCAACCAGAUUACUCUCUCUGGGCUAGGAUGUCAAAUGCAUUUCGAUACCUGAAUGGUAUCUAUCUAGGUAUUCAACAAAAGUAUUGCAUUAGAUACCCCUGCAGUUGCCUGUAUAUUGUUUCUGGGUUUCUAUACUUGUAAUAUGCACUAUUCGGACUUUGCAUUGGGAUUUCGGCGGUUAGGUUGCAUGGACUGAGGUUACAAAAAUUUGUUACAAUUCUUUGAACGGAGACUCUACUGGGGUCACAUUAACGAAACGCCCAGCAAAUGGGAAUAUUUGUAUUAUAUACAAAUUUCUAUUAUAUCUAUUAAACAAUGUAGA